AGUCCAAUUAUUGCUAAUGGCGCGUAUUUGCUAAUGUAGUAUUUUAAGCUAUUGUAAAAUAGUGUUAACAUUAAUUUAACACUGGGAUUUGAAACUGGUCGCUGCAUAUUUCAGGCUGUCUUCAAUGAUAAACAGAGCGAGGAUCCUGAACUAGAGGACUGGUAACUGUGAUCAUAUUCAUGUGCUUUCUGUUAAUAACUGACACACACUGAAACUGAACCGGAAUACGGCGUGUGUUUGAAAUAGCUUCAGUAGCGAUGUUAGCUCUUCUAAACCUCCGUCCCAGAGCCACAACUUUAAAACCACUGCACCACUAGCUACAUUACUGUGACGGCGGAAGUUUAGCUAGUACACAAACGUGGUGUUCAUUCAUUCGACCGUUGGGAUCCGUGCCAGUAAAUCUCGGAAUGUAACGGAAAUGAUUUCGUUAAGACUACCCGUGUCGGUUUUGUUAUUAUUAAUAACCGUUAUCCUAGUUAACGGUUCUUCAAAACUAAACAUUCCCAAAGUGUUGCUACCGUUUGCCAGAAGCACAAGAAUCAACUUCACGUUGGAAACUACUGAAGGUUGCUACAGAUGGUCUUCCACCAGACCAGAGGUGGCCUCCAUCAAGGCUGUGGAUGAGGAGAUUGGGAGAGGCUGCUCCAGGAAGGCUGUCCUCCAGGCUCUCUCCACCCAGCACUCCAGACUGACCAGCAUCAUACUGGCUGAGGAUGUUGUUACAGGACAGGUGCUGCGUUGUGACGCCAUUGUGGACAUCAUCAGUGAGAUCCAGAUCGUGUCGACCACCAGAGAGCUUCAUCUCGAGGACUCGCCACUGGCACUCAAAAUUCAUGCACUGGACUCUGAAGGAAACACCUUCAGCACCCUUGCAGGUCUAGUGUUUGACUGGUCCUUAGUGAAGGAUGUAGAUGUGAAUGGAAUCUCUGACUCUUACAAUUCAUUACGGGUACUUAAAUUCUCAGAGUCCACCUACACUCCCCCUGCGUACAUAUCUGAAAUGGAGCGUGUCGGGAAACAGGGCGAUAUUAUUUUGGUGUCAGGAUUGAAAACGGGACAUGCUAAACUAAAGGCCAAAAUACAAGAGCCAUUGUACAAGGAUGUGGGCGCUGCGGAGGUGAAGCUGCUGAUUCUAGAGAACAUCCUGCUGAGCCCUGCACACGAUGUCUACCUACUGGCGGGAACUUCCAUCCGAUACAAAGUCCUGAAGAUAAGACAGGGCACGAUGACAGAGCUCUCCAUGCCCUGUGAUCAGUAUGAACUGCACGUCCAGAACAGUGUGAUCGGCACUAAUGGAAACCCAGACGUCUCUGUGGCCAGUCUGGAUCAAAGCACUUCCACAGUUACAGCAAUUCAACUUGGAUACAUCAACGUGGUGCUGGAUCACAAAAGCCUUCGAAUGCAAGGAGUGUCUCGCCUACCCAACAGCACUCUGUAUGUGGUUGAACCAGGAUACCUAGGGUUUAAAAUUCAGCCAGGAGACAGCUGGGUUCUGGAAACAGGCAGAGUAUAUGACAUUGUCAUCGAAGUCUUUGAUAAAUUUGGCUAUAAGAUCUACCUCUCUGAUAAUGUCCGCAUUAGCACUGCUUUCCCCUUGGAGUACUUUGAACUCCUGGAGUCUUCUCUGAAUGGAUCCUAUCAUCGUGUCAAAGCGCUCAAAGAAGGCCUCUCUCUCAUUGAUGCUACUCUUACAGCUGUUGUGGAUGAAAAUGGACUAGUCCACCCACUCGCCAACCCAGUGCACAAUGAACAGGAUGUAGAAAUCUAUAACCCCAUAGUUCUUAGUCCCAGUAUUUUGACAUUUCCAUGGCAGCCCAGGGUCGGAACUUAUCAGUACACAAUAAAGGCGACAGGAGGGAGUGGGAAUUUCAGCUGGUCUUCGUCCAACACAGCUGUGGCCACAGUGACGGUGAAAGGCGUGAUGACAACAGUCAGUGACAUCGGCGUCAGUGUCGUUUACGCUCAUGAUCUACGAAACCAACUACACUUCGGACAGAUGAAGGUGUAUGUUGUUGAGCCUGUUGCCAUGGACUUCGCCCCCUGCCCCGUGGAGGCCAAGGUGGGCUCGGUCCUGGACCUCCCUCUCAGGAUUUUCGGCCUGUUGGGGGAGGUGGAGAAGGAGCGCGUCAUGUUGAGUGACUGCUCCCACUUUGACCUGCAGGUCGAGGAGGAGAACAACGGCAUCUUCCAACUACUAAGCGGGAGGAUGGCUCCAGGCCAGGAGCGCUGCAGUGGGGUGACGGCCAAGGCCCUGGCCCCCGGGUACACCGUGCUCACCGUGAGCUACACCCACGGCAACGUCCAUCUCAGCGCCAAGAUCACUAUUGCUGCUUAUCUUUCUCUCAGAGCGAUUGACCCUGUAUCUGUCGCCGUGGUGACUCUGGGAUCUUCUAAAGACAUGUUGUUCGAGGGCGGGCCCAGGCCUUGGGUUUUAGAGCCAUCGAAGUUCUUCUGCAACCUUAUAGCUGAGGACGAUGCCACUGUGAGCCUAACCCUGACCAGCCCCUCAUCUCACAACUAUAACCAGCACUGGGUCAGAGCAACCUGCCAGGCCCUGGGAGAACAGGUGCUGGAGGUAAUGGUGGGGAACAAGGCCAGUGUAACCAAUCCUUUUCCCGCUGUGGAACCGGCAGUGGUGAAGUUUGUGUGCGCCCCCCCGUCUCGCCUCACCCUGCUCCCUGUGUACAGCAGCCCACAGCUGGACCUGACCUGCCCGCUGCUGCAGCAGAACAAACAAGUGGUACCUGUUUCAAAUUACCGUAAUCCCAUUUUGGACUUGGCUGCUUUUGAUGAACAAGGAAGAAAGUUUGACAACUUCAGCUCUCUGAGCAUACUGUGGGAAUCGAGCAUUGUGUCGCUGGCCAGCAUCGAGCCCACUCUGCCCAUGGAGCUGCAGCCGUUUGAAGACGGCAACAAACAGAUGAAACUCCACGGACGACAGACAGUGCUUGUACAUCACCAAACAGGCAUCGCUGCCAUCACUGUGACAGCUCUGGGUUACCAGGACUUACAUCUCACAGCAGCCAAAGUUCCCAGUCCAUAUGACCCUUUGACCCCAGUCUCAGCCACUCUGGAGCUGCUAUUGGUGGAGGAUGUGACGGUCUCUCCUGAGAUGGUUACCAUAUACAACCAUCCAGAUGUGCGGGCGAACCUGGCACUGCGAGAAGGUUCAGGGUACUUCUUUAUCAAUACCAGUAUGAAAGGGAUCGCAAACGUGCUCUUUCAGGAGGCCCAAGGAACAGCUCAGGUCUCUCCCAUCCACCCGGGGGAGGUGAAGGUGAUGGUUCAUGACCUUUGUCUGGCCUUUCCAGCGCCUGCCCAGGCUACAGUGCACGUUUCUGACAUCCUAGAGGUUUAUGUGAGAGUGGUUGACAAGGUGGAGAUUGGCAAGUCUGUGAGAGCGUAUGUCAGAGUCUUGGAUGAUAAUAAGAAGCCUUUCCCAGUCAGCUUUUUCCAUUUCAUGAAUCUUAAACUCACGGCAGCUUCCGCAAUCGUCUCUCUGAAACCAUUAGCGCAGGCCACAGAGCUGGAUACAGCUGUGUUCGUGGUGAAAGGCGCCUCUAUUGGUCAGACCACUCUGUCAGCUGUUGUUGUGGACAAAAAUGGGAGGAGAAUUGCAUCUGCACCUCAGCAAAUUGAGGUGUUUCCACCGUUCAAACUCAUUCCAAGGAAAAUGACGCUGUUAAUUGGAGCAAUGAUGCAGAUCACAUCAGAGGGGGGCCCUCAGCCUCAGUCCAAUAUCCUGUUCUCUAUUUCCAAUGAGGACAAAGCUUCUGUUAACGGCAUGGGCCAUGUGAGGGGUGUUGCCAUCGGUAAUGUCACCGUGACUGGACUGGUCCAAGCUGUGGAUGCUGAGACUGGGAAACUUGUGGUUGUGUCUCAGGAUCAAGUAGAAGUGGAAGUUGUGCAAUUGACAGCCAUUAGAAUCAGAGCACCUAUAACAAGAAUGAAGACGAAAACACAGAUGCCUGUUUAUGUGAUGGGUCUGACCAAUAGUCAAACACCCUUCUCCUUUGCCAAUGCCAUACCUGGCCUCACCUUCACAUGGUCCACCACCAAGAGAGACAUUCUGGAUGUCCAGCCAAGACACAAUGAGGCUAACGUGGAGCCCCAGCCGGCGCACAACUUUGGUAUGAUGGUGACGGGAAGAACGAGAGGGCGGACAGGGCUUAAGGUGGUGCUCAGAGUUACUGACCCGGAAGCUCUGCAGCUCUUAGGAAGUCUACAAGAACUCACAGAUGAGAUCCAGAUCCAGGUCUAUGACAAGCUACACAUGCUCAAUCCUGAAGUAGAGACUGGGGAGCUACUGAUGGCUCCGAACUCAGCCCUCAAACUACAAACUAACAGGGAUGGUGUGGGUGCGCUCUCGUAUCGGACUCUGGAUAGCCCUGACCAGGCUGUUAUCGCUCAAGUGGACGAUAAGGGCUUCCUCUCCUCUGGCUCUCUGACUGGCAUCUCCUCUCUGCUGAUCACCUCCCAGGAGACCUUUGGCAUCAAUCAAACUCUCAUCCUUGCUUUGAAGGUGGUGCCUGUGUCCUAUGUGCGCUUCAGUACCAGCCCAGUGCUGGACACAAACACCAGAGAGAGCCUGAAAGCCUUCCCCCUGGGCAUAGUGCUCACCUUCACUGUCCACUUUCAUGCCGGCACUGGAGAAGUCCUUCACAGCUCCAACUCCCACCUCACGUUCUCCACUAACAGAGAUGACCUGGUGCAGGUGGGGGUCGGGCCCGCUAACAACACUCUGACAGUGAGGACCAUCAACGUGGGCCUCACUCUUCUUGCAGUGUGGGACAGUGAGAACGUGGGUGUGGCGGACUUCGUUCCACUUCCUGUGGAGCACGCCAUCCACCCAGAAGAGGCCCACAGGCUGGUGGUGGGGGACGUGGUUUGCUUCACCGCCCAGAUCUCCAGCCCUGAAGGUGGUCACGGUACAUGGAGCUCCUCGGCCAAUGGCGUUCUUCAGGUGGAUCCUAAAAGUGGUGCAGCAGUAGCCAGAGACUCUGGGACCGUCACUGUGUACUACGAGAUACCUGGUGUUUUGAAAACCUACAGAGAGAUAGUAGUAGAAGCAUCCACCAGGACAGCUGCUGUGGCGCAGGCUACACCUGUCAGGAUCGGCAAGGAAACAAAGAUCCUGCUCACAACCAGAGGGAGAGGAAACAACCUCAUUGGCACCUGUUCCCCAGCCCAGGCAGAAGCUAUUUCUCAGCUGAAGCCAGAGACCUCAGUCAGCUGCCAUCUGAGCUUCAGCAGUGAUGUUAUUGACUUCUCUGCUAAUGAUGUCUUCAAAACACACACCAGCUUCGACUCCAGCAUUGGCUCCUAUACAUGUUCCAUAACCUUGCAGCCAAUGACGGAACAGCAGAGCCGUGUGCUCAGCAUGUCCAUGACCGACCUGCUGGUGGGGGCCGGCCUGGAGGGCGGGGCCUCCUCUGGGGAGCGGGUCAGCGCCCGGCUGCCCAUCGAGCCCGGCCUCUACGUCGACCAGACCGAACUGCUGCUCUCCAACCUGCACCCGUCAGCGGAGCUCACCGUCUACGGCCCCACGGCUGCCCUGUCCAACAUGGAGGUGGUGUCUUCCUCUCCCAACAUUGCUGUCCAAGACAUUGAAGUACACCAGGGCUUCCCCAGCUUCUCGAAGUACACCAUCAGCGCCGUGGACCCUCAGGCAGCGAUCUCUGCCUCCAUCUCCAUAAGCAGCCCCUCCUGCGGCCCCACGAUCGUCAUCCCAGUCGCUCUGAUUCACGUGGCUGAUCACAACGCUGCCAAGCUAGCAGCUGCUACUCCAGUUGUGAACUUCGAGGGGAGCCACUCCCUGCACAGCUUCAUAAACUCCUACCAGAUGAUGUUCUUCACCCUGUUCGCUCUGCUGGCCGGUACCGCCAUCAUCAUCAUCGUCCUUCACACGCUGUUCAGCCCGAGGGAACCAGCUUAUCACCAUGCUUUCAUCCAGAGGACACCACCUAUUUCCGGUUUAAACUCUCCAGCAGUGAAUUCCUUUAACCGCACGAUACCGAGGAUGGACCCAAGCAGCAGCCCCAGGUCUCGUCUUUAUUCUCCAGACUACAAGUCCUGAUAAAGCUUUCUGUCUGGUCUCUUUUUCUUUGAAAAGUAGAACACCACAGGCCAUUAAUACAUUUUCAAUGUGCCUCUGUCCCUCAGUAACAAAUGCUGCGGGAUGCGAGUGCAGAAUCUCAGUUUCCUCAUUUCUUGGUACAGAUUCUUAAAAAAAAAACUCAAUUUU